AUGUUGGAUAACAUUGAUGGUGAUACUAAGGACGACGAUUGUGAUACUGAGUUCAACUACGACUUGGAAAUUCUGCAGGUGUACUCGCUAGUGGCAGCGACUGCGGAUAGCAACGUGGAGCGGUGGAAAGAGAAGUUUGUUAUGCUGACGGUAAUGGAGUUCCUGGUGGGGAGGUUUGAUAACUGGACAAAGUGCCAGAUACUAUUUCCGUGUAUUGAGUCUAUAUUGCAGCGCGAGCCAGCCGGCGACGAGUUACUAUGGGCCUGGGUUGAAGUAUUCAGCAACGCUGCGUGGUAUAUGUAG